AUGGACACCCCCUUAUUCCUCAAGCACGGAAGUCUUUGGCAGAAGACUGCUCCCGGGAAGGGCCUGUCUCCAGCAAGACGCCCUACUUCACUCGGAGCCCAAACCGAGGCACACUGGACGCUGACCUCUCCAACAGGACCCGAGCAGGACACUGAGGAGAGUCGGGGGGCCCCGCCCGUCGCCCUGGUCGGGCCAGCGGCCCCACCCCGGGGCUCGAGCUCCGCCCGGCCCGGCCUACCUUCGCUGCCCGGCUCCGUGCCUGCCCGCCGGCCCGCUAACCCGCUCCUUCUCGGGUCUCUCCCGGGCUCCGGCCUCGCCCUCCCUCGACACUCUUUCGGCCACUUCCGUCCCCGGAACGUCCCCCACCGCGGGCGGCGCCCUGGGCCCACACUCUAUGGUUGCGGGGACGGCAGGAAGCUACUCUGGCCUCCGCUCUCGAUGCUCGGGAGCCGGCCGAAGACCAGCAGGAAGGGAGGGCCCCAGGACGUGGCGCGGCCCCGAAGCCACUUCCGAGUUGGAGGGAACUGCAGGUCCCAAAAUGCUGUGGGGCCGAGGUCGUACCUGGGCCUCGGGGCUAGGAGUCCGGCGGUUGUGCUUCUAACCAACCUGUCCGUAAAUGUCCCAGAUGGAGCCGGCGUUGGACCCGAUGACCAGGCCCUGCUGGACUUCCUGCUAGAGGAAAGCGGAGACUUGUGGACCGUGCCUGAUGAGGCGGUGGAGGCGCUACUGCCCUGGGACCUGCAGCUUUCUGAGGGGCCGAGCGACGGGGAGGUAGAGGAUUUGUUGAGCUCGCUGCUGAGUCCCCCAGCAUCGUCGAACGUCCUCAGCUUUUCCAACCCCUGCCCCGUCCACCAUGAUCACACGUACUCCCUCCCACAGGAACAUGACUCCACGGAUCUAGGUGGGUCUGAAAUAAGCGAAGUUCGCGGAGAGGAGUGGGUUCAUGACCCCGACUAUUCAUACCUUCCUUUUGCAGGCAGCGGGAGCUAUGGAAAGCUGGGGGCCCAGACGACUCCACUACGUGACUUGAUUUUCAGGAAGACUGCUAGACUGAUACUGACAGAUGAGAAGAGGGUGCUGGAGAAGGAUGGGUUUAUUCUGCCCUGGACACUUCCUCUCACUAAGAUGGAAGAACAACUUCUGAAAGGAGUGUGGAGGAAGAUUUGGAACAAAAAGUCUGCUCAAGAGAGCCACAGGAAGAAGAAGGUGUAUGUUGGGGGUUUAAAGAGCAGAGUCUUGAAAUGCACAGCCCGGCAUCUAGAGCUUCAGAACAGAAUACAAGUCCUGCAAGAACAGAAUUUGUUUCUUCUAGGUCAGUUGAGGAAACUACAGGCUAUGGUGACUGAGAUGUCCAACAGAACCAGCAGCAGCAGCAGCAGCACUUGUGUCUUGGUCUUGCUACUCUCCUUCUGCCUCCUCCUCAUACCUGCUAUGUACUCCUCUGACACAAGGGGGAGCCUGCCAGCUAAGCAUGGAGUGUUGUCCCGCCAGCUUCGUGCCCUUCCCAGUGAGGAUGCUCACCAGCUGGAGCUGCCUGCCCUGCGGUCAGAGGUGCCAAAGGACAGCAAAAACCAGUGGCUGAACAGCUCAGGCCAUGUACCCAUGCCCCUGACAACUUCCUGCCUCCUGUACUACAUGCUGCAGGCGCCUAAUGCAGAGCCUCCCCUGAAGUGGCCAUUCCUUGACCUCUUCUCAGGGCUCCCUCACCCAAUUCCCAUCCUUCCCUUGCAGGCAAAUCUUACAAGAAAGGAGGGAUGGUUCCCUACCCAUAACCCCUCUUCUGUGAUCCUGCAGAGCAGAUACUCAAGCUAGAUGUGAGGAUAUG